AAUACUAAUGACAUCUUAUCUGAAUACUUAUUGUUGGAGUUGGGGCAGAGUAAAAAGGAAAUAUUCAACUAUGUGCAUUUAAGCCAAUCAAUGAGAAUAACUAACAUCAAUAGUAAGUUAUUGAUUUAAACAUUUAUCAAUUAUUACCUUAAAAUGGAUUCAGUUAUUGGUUGUGAACAUUUAGUCCAAAGAAAGAAUGAGGAGUUAUUGAAUAAUUAUCGUAUUGUUCAUUUAAAUUUUAUAUCUUGUCAGUCUGAUGAUUCAAUACGUGCUAAAAAAAAACUAGCCUCAUGUCAUGAGUGUAAAUUUGAAGGUGCGCGAUUAUUGUCAUGUUUAUAUUGUGUGUGUUUUGCAUGUCCCACACACUUUCUUGAACAUUUCAAGAAUACUCAGCAUAGUUUUGGUAUAAACUUAACUUUUAGUCAUAUUUUCUGUGCUCACUGUGAUGACUAUACCUAUGAUGGCGAAAUUAUGACUUUAGCAGACACGUUGAAUAAGGAAUUGUAUUGUUAUAAAAAUAAAUCCUUACAGACAAAAGACAUUGUCUUGCUGAGAAAAAGUAAAGAAAUUGAAUAUAUUGAUAGUGCUACUCCGGUUCCAGGAUUCAUCAACUUGGGUAAUACAUGUUUUUUGAACAGUGUACUGCAAGUACUAAUGCAUACACCAAUGUUACGAAAUUAUGUUCUUUCUGACCAGCACAUAUGCCCGUUUCUAAAGGAGCCCAGUCGAUGUAUAACAUGUGAAAUUGGCAGAAUAUACCAGCAAUCUUACAUGUUGCAAGUCAAUGUAAUUAGCUUGCAAAAGUUGUUGAAAAUCUUUUGGGAUAACACUUGGUAUAUGGCAUCAGCUUUACAACAUGAUGCACACGAAUGUUUCAUAGCCAUAUUGGAUAUCAUACACAAACAGGCGAUAAUACAAAAUGAAAAUGACAAAGAUAUAAAACAUCUGGAAAACUGCCAGUGUAUCAUCCAUAAAAUUUUUAAAGGAGUUUUGCAAAGUGACAUUGUUUGCCAGAGCUGUAACAAUGUGUCAUCUAAAAUUGACAUAAUCAAUGAUAUUCCUAUUUACUUUUCAAUGGAUGAAAAAGGAAAAUAUCCAACAAACAUAACGUUAACUGCAUGCUUAGAACAAUUUGGCCAGAUAGAAUUGUUAAACGAUUUGGAUUGUACAAAUUGCCAAACAAAAAAGUUAUCGACCAAACAGCUUAUUUUAAAACAUUUACCAGUGGUUUUAUGUUUUAUUUUAAAAAGAUUUGGACAGCCGUCAGACAAUGUUUCAAAUAAAAUUACUACAUUUGUUGAAUUUCCAGAAACAUUAGAUAUGAACAAAUUUAUUAAGAAAAAAACUGUGACGGGUAGUGCCUUCAUUGAUGAGUGUUUUGCUUCACGUGAAUCCAUCUAUAAACUAUAUGCUGUGAUUUGUCAUGAAGGUCUACUAAAUGGAGGACAUUAUUUGUCUUACAUACAACAUAUGGGCCAUUGGUAUCAAUGUAAUGAUAAUGUUGUUAGAUUAGUACAAUUUGAAGACAUAUUGAGAAGUCCAGCAUACCUAUUAUUCUACCAUAAAGAGUUCAUGAAUUUCUAUUAAUAUUAAUAUCAUGUGAAUAUUGCUAAAUAAUUAAAGAUGUAAAUAAUUUAUAUUUAAGUCUAUAGAUUUAUAAUAGCUUAUACUAGCAUACAUAUUUUUUAAAUUUUAAAUUAUAUAGUUUUUUUUUUUUGUUUUAAAUUUAAUUGACAAUAUUUUUUCUAUUCCUAGCUAAUUAAAACUGAUGAUUUGGUCUCUUUUUUGUGUACUUUUAAUUAUAAUAUUAUUGUUUUCUUUCAAAACAUACCAUGUGAUAUUUUUUUUAUUUUGUGAUAUUUAUAAUUUAUAUUUUACUUUUUUUUACUUUUGCCAUUUAUGUAUACUAUACUAUACAGAACAAACUUAAUAGAAUUAAACUUUAAGGGUGAACGUCUAGGUAAUAAUUUUUUUUUUCGCCUGUAUAAUCUUAAGUUUCCUUUUUAGAUAAACGGUAUACUUACCAAUUUAAAAUGUGGUAUUAGAAUUACCUUACUAUUUAAAAUCAUAAACCACGUAUUACCCUCAUUUAGUAUUAAUUGU